AUGUAUACAAUCCCGACGGCCCUCUCUGCCGCGGUCUCGACGAGGGUAAGCAACGAGUUAGGAGCAGGACGGCCGGAGAAAGCACGAACCGCGGCGACUGUAGCGGUUGGGGCCGCCUUGGCCGUGUCAAUAUUUGGACUUGUGGGGACCACCGUGGGGAGAGACGCAUGGGGGAGAGUUUUCACGGCGGACGGAGUAGUCCUCGAGCUGACGGCGGCGGUUCUUCCGGUGAUAGGAGCUUGUGAGCUUGCCAACUGUCCUCAAACCAUUAGCUGUGGGAUCCUACGUGGCAGCGCGAGGCCACGUGUAGGAGCUAAGAUUAAUUUCUACGCCUUUUAUGUAGUUGGAGCACCCGUGGCCGUUGUUUUAGCGUUUGUGUGGGGUUUAGGCUUCAUGGGCCUAUGUUAUGGAUUGCUUGGGGCACAGCUAGCUUGUGCAAUCUCUAUUUUGACCGUUGUCUAUAACACAGAUUGGAACAAAGAGUCUCUGAAGGCUCAUGACCUG